GGUGGGUCUUUUCGGUUUCCGACGCUCUGACGCAUCCACACGGAACCCAGGCUCACAGCCCGGGUUUCCUCCGGAGGAAGCGCUUAGUCGUCCUGUAUCACGGAAGCGGGCUCGGAGGGCAGGACCCUGCCGGAUCCGAUUAUGGCGCCGCCCGCCGGCGGGACGGCAGCGGCCGAAGACUCGGGUUUGCCGUCUGUGCUCCUGGCUGUGCAUGCCGCGGUGAGGCCCCUGGGCGCCGGGCAGGACGCCGAGGCGCAGCUGCACCGGCUGCAGCUGAGUGCAGAUCCGGAGCGGCCUGGGCGCUUCCGGCUGGAGCUGUUAGGCGAGGGCCCAGGGGCGGUCAGUUUCGAGUGGCCCUUGGAGUCUAUUUGCUACACCAUCCGUGGCCCCAACCUACAUGAGCUGCAACCUCCGCCAGGAGGGCCUGGCACCUUCAGUGUGCACUUCCUCAACUCUCAAGAAGCACAACAGUGGGCAGCCCUGGUGCGAGGUGCUACCUCGGAGGGACAAAAUGGCAGUGGCAGCCCAGCUCUGGCCACAGAAACAAGCCCUGUUUCUCCACCAUGUCCUUCUGUGGCCCCAAUACCCAAAGCAACCGAAUCUGAGGUGGAUCUUCCUCCAAGUUCUGGAGACUUGAAAAACGAAGAGCUGGCUACUCGUCUGGCCCAGGCCAUUAUAGGUGGGGAUGAGAAAGAGGCAGCCCAAGUGGCAGCAAUCCUGGCACAGCAUCAUGCGGCUCUCAGUGUCCAGCUCAGGGAGGCCUGUUUCCCACCAGGUCCCAUCAGGCUGCAAGUCACAGUUGAAGAUGUCACAUCUGCUUUGUCCUCUGCCUCAUCUGCUCAUGUCUCACUGCAGAUCCACCCCCACUCCUCUAUUGCAGCCCUCCAGGAACAAGUGUUCUCAGACUUCGGUUUCCCACCAGCUGUGCAGCACUGGGUCAUUGGGAAGUCCCUGUGUGUGCCUGAACGUAGCAUUGCUUCCUAUGGGGUCCGGCAAGAUGGGGACCCUGCGUUUCUCUACCUGCUCUCAGCCCCCCGAGAAGCUUCAGGACAUAGCCCUCAGCAGCCCCAGAUGGAUGGUGAAUUAGGAUGUUUGUUUCCUCAGUCAUUGGAGCUGCCCCAAGUCCUUCAGCCCUCCAGCUCCAGCCUUCCCAGUCCCCCUCAGCCUGGCUGGCCCUGCCCUUCAUGCACCUUCAUCAAUGCCCUAAGCCGUCCUGGCUGUGAGAUGUGUAGCACUCAGAGGCCGUGUGCUUGGGAUCCCCUUCCUACAGCCUCCACCUAGCAGCCACCAAAGGUUACAGAGACCAUGGCCCUCCCCUCACCAACCCAUCCCUGGACCACCAUCUGCAUUUCACAGGAGACCUCUGCUGCUUAUUGGGGAGAGAGAUACCAUUAGGAGACAAGGGCCAAAAGCCAUGAAUUAAAGACACAUAAAAACCA